AUGCGGCCGCGGCAGCGCUCGCGGAGGCCGAGCUUUGAGAGCUUGCGCCACCUGCCGCGCGAGGGCCGCGCGCUGCUGGCGGGCGCCGUCUGCCUCGCCCGCUCCGCCGUGACGCAGUACGCUGUCAACCCGACCUCCGUCAUCGAGGAGCGUGUCGUGAUUGCGAUGGUCGGCCUGCCGGCGCGCGGCAAGUCGUACCUCUCAAAGUCGAUCGUCCGCUACCUCAACUUCGUCGGCUGCCCGGCCCGGCUCUUCAACGCCGGCUCGCGUCGCCGUGACGCCGGCCUGGCAGGCUCCGGUGCCGCCUUCUUCGACGCUGCAAACGAAGACGCCGCGGCGCAGCGAGAGGAGAUCGCAAUGGACACUCUGGAGGAGCUGCUGCGCUGGCUCAAGUUCCUGCCCUCCAACUCGCUCACCGCCCUCUCCGCUCUCGAGCAGAACCAAGAGCAGGCCGGAGAGCAGUGCCGGCGCGGCUGCGUCUGCGGCGUGUUUGACGCCACAAACACCACCGUGCUGCGCCGGCAAAAGGUUCGCGAGCGGUGCGCGCGCGAGUGGCCUCCGGUGCGGCUGAUCUUUGUGGAGUCGAUCUGCACCGACACGAAGCUGCUGCUGCGAAACUACAUGCUCAAGGCGUCCAACGACGACUACAAGGGCUCCGCGCCAGAGGCUGCUCUGCAGGACUUCCUCGCGCGAGUGCGAAACUACGAGGAGCCGCACCAGCACCAGACACUUCCUAGACAUUUCCUAG